AUGUCCAAUGGUGAUGCCAGCGCGCCGUCCGAGGAGGCUCCCUCGGAUCAGACGGUAGUUUCGCCGGCGUCCCUGCCGAAGCGCGCUAUACGCCUACACCUUAACAAAACCCUCAAGAAAAACCAGACUCUCUGCGACAGUUGGGAUCUGCUUGCAUACGAGAGUUGCUUGAGCUGCGUAGAGGGUGGUCAAGUUGAAAAGGAUGCGAGAAAGGUUAGGGUGCGCGUGCCGGUUAACGUUCCGAGCGGCCUCGACGUGCUUACCCACGUGCGUUACCUCAAUAAGCGCAAACUGGAGAGCGCGCUUUCUGACGUAGAGGUGAACAGUUUUAUCAACUGCGGAGGAAUAGUGGCGUCUGUGGAGGUUGUGGGACCCUUCACGUUUGACGAGAGGGAAGAGUACAGCGUGUUCACAGUCGCCAGCUGCAGUUGUGCAGUUCAACCUGACGAAGGCCCAUCCAACUAUCUCGUUCUGCAUGAGAUUGUCGUUAAGCCGCAUUCUGCUGAAAAAUCGGCAACCUCUGCCAACUGUGUCGUGGACAUUCACAAACCCCGUCUGACAACAGUGUCGCCACUUACGGGCCGUUCAUGUGUUGGAGUGGAAUGGAUAAACGGAGAGAACUUUACGGCUACCAACGAGGAUACUGCCGACGACCAGUUGUUCCUGGCCCUUCUGAUGAAAGAUGGAAGUAUUGAGUUAUGCAAGAUUGACUUGGGAUGUGCCCUCACAUAUAAUGAAGUUGUGUCUGACGAGAAAGAAAUCCCCUACGACCCACCUAUUCUGUUAUGGAGUUACGACACGAGGUUGGAUAUUCCCAAUCAGCGUAUAAACGCCCUGGCGGUGUCUUAUGAAACAGCACCCCGUUAUCCUUAUUCACAUCAGUCGUCCGUAAUAUACACCACGCACACAGUGGCAACGGAUGCUGCGCCUUCGUCAGUACCCCAGCGCAACACAGUAAUUGUGGCUGGCGGGACCAACGACGGAUACGUGUACAUAUGGAAGUUUGAUUGGGAUGAGAUGCGCCGCACGUCUGGUGAGAAGGACGGGUUCUCGCCCUUCUUCAGCCAGAUGAUGCCGAUAUUCGUGGACCCCCAAGACGCCGAGCCAUCCCACCGCGUUGUUUCGCUGCACUUUCUGCCAUCGCCACAGUCGUAUGUGUUGGCAAUCGCCACGUACAUGGGGAACGUCAUCACCUGGGACAUCCGCAAUGGCACUCUCGAGGGUGAGAUGUGCGCGUACUACACCAUAAACCGCCCCGUCACAACCGCACGUUGGACUGAAAACAGACAGUUCCUCCUGCUAGGUGGAACUUCCGUGAUGUGCAUCGAAUGGCAUUCGAAGUGGGGAAUGACGACACUGGCAUACGACCGCGUUCCGCGGGUUGCUUACUAUGGCACCUGUGACAACAUCUGCUGGUCCAUGGAUUCAACAGCUAACAUGGCGUACUUCGUGUAUGACGAUGGGUUGUUUGUUCAGACGCCCAUCAUAACGCUGACAAGGAAACCCCUGCAAGACGUCAUGACCACUUAUCUGUGGGAACCCUUCAAUCGAGAUGAUGAAGAAGUUGCAAGCCUGGGACUGGACGAUACCCAGGACCCCAUGACACAAGCGCAGGAGUUAGCGGAACUCCAGUUUAGAAUGGACUUGAGAUCCAUUCGCUCACACGGCAUCUGCAUAACUCGCAACGGAAACAGAUACCGCGGCCCCCGUAAAAGCAAGGGGGGCGUGGAACGGGUCAUUCGCAACAAGGUGUACUCGCAUCACUGUGUGAAAGCGCGAACCAUGCGUUUCGGCGAGUGCGAGCUGUCCUUUGUAGCCUACGGCGGAAACACCGGCCUUUUACACGUGAUAGUUAAGCUUGACUAG